AACUUUUCCACUUCUUCAUUGUAAUCAUCUGUAGGAUUGUAAAACAUUUAAUUUGGAUUCAGUCUUAUCUUCGCAGCAGAUAUAUAUAUAGGCUGCAAGGUGCGACCAGUGAGUGAAAAUGUGGACUAGUCAAAUGAUUGUUCUAUUCGUAUUAGCAGGGUCAUCCUUGUCGUCUUUUCUGAGUGAUACCCCAUCACGAAACAAACGUAACUCCCUACAGCUGUGUGACAUCAUACAGAGAAACACCAGACGUAACUGCCUGUCCUAUACUUUCUAUGGCUGCUUCUGUGGUCUUAGAAGCUGGGGGAGUAACCCAGUAGACUCUUCAGACAGUUGUUGUCGCCAACAUGACAAUUGUUUCUCCAGUAUAGGCAGAUCUGGACUACCCUUUCUUACCUACAGUUAUCAUUGUUCUGGUAAUUUCUGCCAAUGCACUGAUUCUAACAGGAAUUCGGCUCAAUAUAGGUCAUGCCAGUGUGACGUCCAAUUAGGGCGGUGUCUGAGGAACGCCAACUAUAACAUACUUUACAAUCUAUACCAGCGAAGACGCUGUCGCUAACAAGUCACAAACGCAUACACGUUAAACUAACACACAGAAAUAUCCUCACAUAAACACACAUAUUAUACGACAUUCUCUCUCUCUCUCUCUCUCUCACACACACACACACACACAUCCAAACGACCUUUUCAUAUGAUAUAGGCCUAUAUAUAUGCUUAGUCCUACAUGCGCAUAGUUGUAUAGGUCUACUGUGUUGUUUCAUUGCAUGAUACACAACUGACUGCUAAUAAGCUUUCAACUUUCAGUUCAUAAUAUUCAAAUGUUAUUAAUUAAAGAAUUUAAACUAAGCACAAUAAAUGUAUAUAUAGGCUAGUGAUGAAGAAUCGCUAUGUGUUCUUAACAUUACUUCAACUCUCUUCUAUUUUGAAGUAUCGUCUGUAAUUUAUAAGAUACGAUAAAACAUGAAAGUGACA